AUGGCUGAUAUUCAGCAACAACUGCAACAGAAAUCCGAGAGCACAGCCACUGAUGCUCGCUCUGAGUUUGAGAGGGGCUUGGAGGAGUUCAUGCGUGGGCGUUAUGAUGAAUGCAUGUCCUUCAGUUCGUGCAGUUCUCCACAUACGACUACUACUACUGAAGAUGAGGAGGAUGAUGGCGAACAGCUUGUGCGGAGGAGGAGGAGGAGGUCGAAUCUUGAGAGUGAUGAUUUGGCAGAGUCUUCUGCUGCCAGGAGGCGUCAAUCGAGGAUCUUGAGUAGGUGGGCUGCUCGUCAGGCAGAGGAGAUGAUCACCACUAUUGAAAGGAGGAACCGUGAAUCAGAGUUGAUGGCGCUUGCAGGCUUGCACACGGUCUCCAUGCUCGAUUCUUCAUUCUUGAGGGAGUCACAGUCCCCAACUUCUAGGCGCCAAGGGAAUGUUGAGAGGCUGAGUACCCGGGACUCCUCUAUUUUGCAGAUGUGGAGGGAGUUGGAGGAUGAGCAUGCAUUGAGUCGUGCCCAGGAGAGGGUAAGGGAGAGGUUGAGGCAGCGGAGGAGCGUGGAUUCUAAUACAAAUAUAUCCAGUACAAAUAUGUCAGGAAGUAGAGAGAGUAAUAAUCAGGGAAGUCUGGAAGGUGCUAGUGAGAACGAGCAUGACUUUGCAACUUGGUCCCAUGAUCAGUUUGGCCCACAGAAUGAGAAUAGGGAUCCUGACAAUUCUAGUCGGGAACAAUCACCUGAUCUAGGGGAUGUUGAGAGGGAGAGGGUGAGGCAUAUUGUUCGGGGAUGGAUGGAGAGUGGCAUUAGUGACCCUUCAUCUAAUGUUAUGCAGGGGAAUGGAAGUCCUGGAGCUGAAUGGUUGGGGGAAACUGAGCGUGAACGGGUAAGGAUUGCAAGAGAGUGGAUGCAAAUGACAAGUCAACAAAGAGGAUCUCAUAGUGGACGCAGGGAAGAACAUAACAGUGGACUUGGUGCUCAAGUUGACAGUGUCCAUGAAAGGUCUGUUGUUGCCCACAGGGAAGGUCAGCCAGAGCAUACUCGCACAGACAUGUUGAGGUUGCGCGGAAGACAAGCCUUGCUUGAUUUGCUUGUCAGGAUAGGGAGGGAAAGGCAGGGGGAACUUCAGGGCCUGUUGGAACAUCGUGCUGUUACUGACUUUGCACAUCGCAGUCGCAUUCAGUCAUUACUUAGAGGCAGAUUCUUAAGAAACGAAAGGCCCGAUGAGGAAGAGCGACCGCCUUCAAGGGCAGCUAGUGAGUUAAAUCAGUUAAGGCAGCGACACACAGUCUCAGGUCUGAGGGAAGGGUUCCACUCCAGAUUGGAAAACAUUGUUCGUGGCCAAGAAGUUCAACAUGAGAAUAAUGACCAAUCUCAAUCUAGACAUCAGGAAAUUGAUGUUAACCCAUUGCCGGGUCAUAUGGCAAAUUUGGAUAGCAGCACAGCUGUUCAAAGUACAACUCAACAAGCUAUUCCAGGUCAAGGAAGCAACUGGCAGGAACAGAUUACUGAAAAUGAGAGAGAAAACGUGCAAGAAUCAACCUAUAACGAGUCUAAUGGAUGGAGAGAUGGCACUUUGCAACAGGAAAAUCCCGUACCUAAUUGGAGCUUGGAAGCAUCAGUAAAUGAAGGUGGAGGUCAAAGUCAGCUGGAAGAAGUCCACGAGGGUUGGCGUGAUAAUGGCUCUCGAGAAGCUAUAGAUAAUUGGUCGGAAGGACCUUCAGACGUUCCAAGAAGGCGGGACUCUCUACCACAUAGAAGAGGCACCAGGUUCCACCCUCAUGAUGAUAAUGUGUAUAGCAUGGAACUCAGGGAGCUUCUUAGCAGGAGGAGUGUCUCUAAUCUUCUCCGUAGUGGUUUCCGUGAGAGCCUAGAUCAGUUGAUUCAAUCAUAUGUAGAAAGGCAAGGCGGGUCUCCUAUUGACUGGGAUCUGCACAGGAACUUGCCUCUUCCAGCAUCCCCGGAGAGGGAUCAGGACCAACAUAAUGAGGAGCAGAAUGAGGAUCAGCAUGAUGCUAUUGGUAGACCUUCAUUGGUAUUACCAUCCCCUCCAGUACCACCAUCUCAACCGCUUUGGCAUCAGGAUUUGCACCACUCCAGUUGGUCUCGUCACCAUCGAUCUGAACUCGAGUGGGAGAUGAUUAAUGAUCUGAGAUCAGAUGUUGCAAAACUUCAGCAAGGUAUGAACCACAUGCAAAGGAUGUUAGAAGCUUGCAUGGACAUGCAACUGGAGUUGCAACGGUCAGUCCGACAGGAAGUCUCAGCCGCUCUUAAUCGAUCAACUGGUGGACAAGGGAUAGCAGAGACUUCGGAGGAUGGGUCUAAAUGGGGUCAGGUUAGAAAGGGUACCUGCUGUGUUUGUUGUGAUAACCACAUUGAUUCUUUAUUGUACAGAUGUGGGCACAUGUGCACUUGUUCUAAAUGUGCAAACGAGUUGGUUCGCAGAGGAGGGAAGUGUCCAUUGUGUCGUGCACCCAUUGUUGAGGUGAUUAGAGCUUACUCCAUACUGUAA